AAAAAAUCCAGGUUUUACAAAUCAUUGCAUAACUUUACAGAGUACAAUAGUACACAACACAUAUUAGACUUUGAGUAGUACAUCAUACAUCUCCUAAUAUUAUAUACAUGAACUAUAAUUACUACUACAAUGUUAACAUGAACGACUUUAGUAAUCUACUAAAUAAGAUGUAAACGUGUAUUAAUCACAUUUAGGAUCCUAUCUAAUGUAAUAAACAUCAUAGCUAUUCCAUCUUAACAAAAAUCAUCCAAAAGUAGCUUGACAGGCCCUAGCAAAAACCAUAAGUGAAAACCAGCAGUGAAAGAGAGAUUGCUUCUUCAGGGAGCAACAUGAAACCAAGAAAAAGAAUGUAUUUUUUUUUUUGGGGAAAGGUAUUGAUAGGUCAAAAGCCAAAACUUUCCCCACAUUAAUCCAAUCCUGUAUGCUCAUGCUCCAAACAACUUAUUAUCACCCAUCCAUGUUACAAAUCAUGACAGCUGAACAAAUCAGCAAGGAGCAUACACUAAAAAAGCAAGUCCAACUCUCUUUCUUUUUUGAGUCUUUCCUAUAAAACCAUCUUCUUUACUGUAACAAGCUGAAUUCUACUAAAUAAUUAGGAUCAGUCUGCCAAGGAUGAGCAAUUCAGCAGCUUCUGCUAUGCUAUGGUUCAUCUUGAUAUUACAAGCUCGAGUUCUACCAACAGCAGCAAGAUGGUCAAGUCAAACAACAACCAAAUUCUAUGACUUUAAGGUGCAAAUGACCAGGGUCACAAAGCUGUGCAACACGAAGGACAUAGUCACUGUCAAUGGCAUGUACCCAGGACCAGUCCUUUAUGCCCGAGAAGAUGACAGAGUGACUGUCAAAGUUACCAAUGAUUCCCCCUACAACAUCACAAUACACUGGCAUGGCGUUCGUCAGAAGCUCUCCUGCUGGUACGAUGGUCCUUCCUACAUAACCCAAUGCCCAAUCCAACCAGGGAAUACCUUCACCUAUAAGUUCACAAUGGUGGAGCAAAAAGGAACCCUUCUAUGGCAUGCUCACUCCUCCUGGCUUCGAGGUACUGUGUAUGGUGCCAUUGUUGCAUAUCCCAAGACUAGGGUACCCUACCCUUUGAAACCUCCAUACGAAGAACAUAUCAUACUCCUAGGAGAAUACUGGCUGAAGGACCUUGUGCAACUUGAGCAUGAUGUUCUAUCAAGUGGUGGAAGUCCUCCACCGGCAGAUGCAUUUACCAUUAAUGGUCAUCCAGGACCCAACUACAAUUGCUCAACUAAUGACACAUAUAUACUUAAUGUUCUCCCAGGGAAGACCUAUCUGCUAAGGAUAAUCAAUGCAGCCCUCAAUAUGGAGCAGUUCUUUGCCAUCGCCAAGCACAAUCUUACGAUAGUUGAAGCUGAUGGAGCAUACACAAAGCCAUUAACUGUGAGUCAAAUCAUGCUUGGUCCCGGUCAAACCAUCAAUGCUCUUGUAACAACUGAUCAACGGAUAGGCAAAUAUUCCAUGUCUGUGGGUCCUUACAUGUCUGCUAGGAAUGUCACCUUCCAAAAGAUUGUCUCCAUAGGUUACUUCCAAUACUCUGGCUAUACUUCAAAUAACUUUCCUUUAUCUUCUACCUCAUUGCCAAGCUUCAAUGAUACCCUGGUCAUUAAGACUGUCAUGGAUGGCCUCCGGAGCUUGGGUGCUGUAAAUGUCCCGAGGGAGAUUGACACCAGCCUUUUCAUCACCAUUGGAAUAAAUGUACAGAAAUGUACCUCCAAAUAUCCCUCACAAAAUUGCAAGGGAAUCAACGGAGGGGUGAUGGCAGCCUCAAUGAACAAUGUGAGCUUCAGAGAGCCUAACAUCUCACUUCUUGAGGCAUACUACAUGAAGCUCAAUGGCCAAUUCACAGAAGAUUUUCCAGACUUUCCACUACAAGUCUAUGAUUUUGUUAAUCAAGCCCCUAAUGAUAUCCCUAACGAUACUCAAUCCAUCAUUGGAACUAGAACCAAGGUCAUUGAAUAUGGGUCCAGAGUGCAGAUAAUCCUACAGGAUACAGGGACUGUGACUACAGAGAACCACCCCAUUCACCUUCAUGGCCAUAGCUUCUACGUGGUGGGAUAUGGUGCAGGAGAUUACACCCCACAAGCUGCAUCUUUCAACUUAGUAGAUCCGCCUUAUCUGAACACCAUAGGAGUGCCAGCAGGUGGCUGGGCAGCAAUUCGCUUUGUCGCAGAUAAUCCAGGGGUAUGGUACAUGCAUUGUCACAUGGAAGUGCAUAUGUCUUGGGGACUGUCUGUAGUGCUCAUAGUGAAGAAUGGUCAAGGCCAACAAGAGACACUUCCACGCCCUCCAACUGAUAGGCCAAUAUGCUAGGAUGAAAGCCAAGGAAGGUCUUAAUCUACAAGUCUACAAUUAUCCCUCCUCCUUUCCCCUUUUUUGAGAAAGGGGUGAGCCUGAUCUUAUUUUGCUUGAAAAUAGUGAAAGGUAGACCUAGGAUAUUUGGUAAAUACAACCAAAAGUUUUUUCUUCUUAUUUUUUGGGGUGGGUGGGGUGGGUGGAGUGGGGGGGGGGGUGAAGAGGGGUUGGUUUUGAUUAUUUUCAAUGAGAUACUUCAAAAAAGAGUUAAAGAAAACACAAAGAAUCAAACAUGACUUCAUUUGUUCAACAAAUAUUGCCUACUUACAAGCAUAGCAAAUGUAAAAGUUGAAUCAUUUAUUUCCGAGGCAAAAUAAUGUUUCUAACCCAGUCUCUAACUAAUGCUUGGUACACUUUAGAGAAUUUCCAGCAGUUGAUCAGUUAGAAGCAAAUUAUCAAUGCUGUAGCUAAAUGAGCACAGAAUAUUCAGGUUUAAGUGAGAUUUGCUUAGAUCAGUGCAUUUGUCACAAACUUUUAUCUUUGACAUAAAAUUGAAUAGUAAAGGGGAAUCAGCUCCAAGAACUAUUAAACAGUAACCACAGGCCUAAUGUUCCAAUAGCACCAAAAAGGCAAAAACAAAAUGGGAAGGUUAAAAAGGAAUUACAACCAUUAAUUCAGAUUUGAAAAUAGUAUGU